UUUUUUUUAAAAGAAACGACGAUGAUCAAACAAGUGUUAUAUUUAGCCAGUAUUCUUAUCGUUGGUUUGAUCGACCAAGUACAUAGUCAAUCACCUACAUCCAUCAGUGGCGAACCUACCUAUGUUCCUCAAAACAAUUUCCCUUGGAAAAACAAGUAUCCUACUCCACUUUCUGUACCUCAAAUCAAACCUGAAUGGCGACAACUCGUUAACAAUGCUACUGUACCGCCAGCUCCUGUUUCUGUCAAGGGUCCUGAUGGUUCUCUCCUUCCUCCUCCUCCCGGUGCUCAGGAUACUUAUUGUCACUGGUCUUUUUCUCAAUGUUUACGCACCACUGAUAUUGCUACUUGUCAAAAAGGAAAUUGGGCUCCUACAUAUGAUGAUGGUCCUUCUCCCUUUAGUGUGAAAUUAUAUGAUUAUUUGAAACAAAACAAUAUCAAAGCUACCUUUUUCGUUAUUGGUGGUCAAGUUAUUCAAUAUCCUGAUCUAUUGAAACGGUUGCAUGAUGAUGGUCAUGAAAUCGGUAUCCAUACAUGGUCCCAUCAAUUAUUAACAUCUCAAACCAAUGAACAAAUCAUUGCGGAGCUGAAAUGGACUGAAUUAGCAAUUAAGGAAGUCAUUGGCUUGUCUCCAAGGUUUAUGCGUCCCCCUUACGGUGAUAUGGAUGAUCGAGUCAGAGAAGUAGUGAAGCAACUUGGAUUCAUUCCUGUCAUUUGGAAUUACGACACUUUUGAUUGGAAGCUUGCAUCGGGCACUGUGACUACAACCAGUAUUGAAAAUACAAUUAAAGGAUGGGCAGGAAAUGCAUCAUCAGCAACGGUGGGUGGCAUUUCAUUGGAACAUGAUAUUAGUCAAGCUGGUGUGGAUAUUGCUGUAAAUGCUUUACCUGUAUUGAAAGGAGCCUAUAAUUUGACAUUGACAAGUCAAUGUGGCAAUAUUUCUCAUGAAGCCACUUUCAAAGAAAAUAUGAAGAAUGAUUCCAACAAUAGUACUAAUAGUAAUAACAACAAAUCUUCUAGCGAUGCAAACGAUUCUUUGGUGUUAAAGACAACUGUUAAGUUAGCCACCAUAGCAUUAUUAGUCAUGUUGAUUUUAUAGAUCUUUUUUUU